AUGGAGAGAAAAGGAAAAGAACAACAAAAACAAAAGGAAAUGGAAAAAGAACAAGAAAGGAUCAAAGAUAGAGAAAGAUAUAGAGAUUAUAAAGAUCAAUAUAGAGGUCAAAAUUAUGGUAGUCGAAAUGAUAAAGAUCAAGAUAUCAAUAAUAAUAAUAAUAAUAGUAAUAGAAGCCAUGAUCGUAGAGAUAAUAGUAAUAAUAAUGGUGAUAGAUAUAAUAAUAGGGAUAAUAGGGACAAUAGAGAUAAUAGAGAUAAUAGAGAUUAUGAUCGUAGAGAUAGUAAUCAUAAUAAUAAUAAUAAUAAUAAUAGAAAUCAUCAUCAUCAUCGUGAUAGAAAUAGAGAUUUGGAUGAUAGAAGAUCAAGAGAUUAUGAUAGAGAUUAUAAUAGAGGUAGUAGGAAUGAUGAUAGAGAUAGAGAUAGAGAUAGAGACCGACACAGAGAUGGGGAUAGAAGGGAAGGAGAUAGAGAUUAUAGAGACAAAAGAGAUGGAGAUAGGGACAGAAGAGAUGGAGAUAGAGAUAGAAAUAGAGACUAUGAAGACAAAAGAGAUCAACAAGAUAAAAAGAGAGAUAGAAAAGACAAAGAAGGAACAAAUGGAGAAGAUGGAGAAGUAUUGUUUGAAGAUCUUCCAGGUGUUAAACCAAAAAAGAAAAAGGAUGUUUCAAAAUACGACAAAUAUUCCUCAUCUUCAUCAUCUUCAUCAUCAUCAAAGUAUGAUAAACCUUCAUCCUCUUCAUCUUCAUCAGCAACAACAACAACUGCAGGUAGUAGUGGCGUUAAAUCAGACCAACAAGAAAUUGAUGAAAUGAAUGCUAUACGUGCUAAAUUGGGUUUGAAGCCACUCAAAUAA